CUUCCCAGCUCAGACGCGAGCACGUUGAGUGGUGGGGGGCCGGCCGAAGAACUGCCCGAGCGAGGAGCGGCUCUUGAGGCCGGGCCGCGCGGUUGGGGCGCCCGCUUUGGGGCCCCCGAGAGGCUCCUGGGUCGGGAUCGCGGCCAGCGACCACGGGGGGAAGGGGGUGGGUGGGCUGAGAGCAGCUCGGCGGCGAGGCCGGCCCGCCGCCCCUUCCCCCCCAUCCCCCUCAUCCCCGUCGACCUUGUUGGCAGAAGCUUCCCGGAGCUCCUCACGCCGGCGCGAUGGCGACUGCUGAGGAAAUGGAAGCCUCUCCGCCGACGGACGCGAGCUGGGAAAGUGGCGGCGGCGGAGACGAGGAGAUGAAGCAGGCGCUUCCGGAGCUUGAGUCUUCCCCACAAAAUGGCGGCGGCGGCAGCCUGAGCAUCGCGGAACCCGGCGGCGGCGCCGGGCCUGAGGAGACCGCGGCGGCCGAGGCCACCCCGAGCCUCAGCCAAGAGCAGCCUCAGGACUCCUCUGAGGCGGGCGCGACCGCUCUGCUCAAAGGCCCCGAAGAGCCCGAAAGACCCGUUAGGAGGAGUUUUCAGAUCCCCAGGAAGAGCAGAGAAAAGAAAGCACUUUUUCAGCCAUUAACUCCAGGAUCUCGUGAAUUUGAAGAUGUUUUGAAGAUUCUUCAUUCAUCUUACCUUGAACAGACCUCAGUAACAAAUUUUAACUACAAACGUGCUUGCUUGGUACAUAAUGAACUUUUGGAAAAGGAGUUUACAGAGAAGCGAAGAGAACUGAAAUUCGAUGGCCGUUUAGAUAAAGAACUUUCAGAAUCCUAUGCAUUUCUGAUGGUUGAUCGGUAUCAGGUUCAAAGCAUAUGUGAAAAAGGAUUACAGGUGGGCCAGUCCAAAAUUACAAUUCUUGGCAGUCCUUCCAUGGGUAUCUAUCUUUCUAGGUAUGCUGAUUUAUUACAAGCUAAUCCUUUGGAAGCUGGGGCAGUGGGUGAUGUUGUUAUUUUUAAAAUAAUGAAGGGUAAAAUGAAAAGUAUAUAUGAACCCAUGGGUGUAAAAAGUUUGGAAUCUAAUAAAAGUGCUUUGGACCCAACACCAAAGCAUGAAUGUCACAUGUCGAAGAAUGCCAAUAGAGUUACAUCACUUUUGGCUUACAGAGCCUAUGAGCUUACUCAGUUUUACUUUUAUGAGUAUGGCUUUGAUGAGCUAAGGAGAAGACCAAGACAUGUGUGUCCAUAUGCAGUUGUGUCUUUUACAUACAAAGAUGAUAUUCAACCUCCAAAGUUUGUACCUUCAUCAAGAUCUAACAGCUUUAAUGCAGAUAGAAACACAGAUAAAUUUAACUAUACUUUGUGGAAAGGACAGCUUUUAAAUAAAGGAAAGCUUUUGUGCUAUAUUUCUCUGAGGUCAGCCACUCGUGCUUUUUUGCCUAUCAAACUUCCUGAGAAGUUAGAUGUUGAAACAGUUAUGAGUAUUGAUCAUCUGAAACAGAAAAUUCCUCUAGCACUGUUUUACAAGGAAGCAUACUUAGGUCCAAAUGAAGUUUUGAAGAAUGGAAUGUAUUGGAGCCUUUAUGAAGUUGUAGAAAAGACAAGAAUUGGAAGUAACAUGGAAAAUUUAUUGCAAAAACUAGAGAAAGAAAAACUUGUUCUUGUUAAACCUUUGGGAGACCGAGGAUAUCUCUUUCUUCUCUCUCCUUAUCAAAUAGUGUCUCCAUAUGAACACCAAACUGCCAAGUCUCGAGUUCUACACGCUUUGUUUCUGUUUCAAGAACCUAGAAGCAUAGUUACUUCACAAAAAGGUUCAACCAAUGCAACACCACAGGAGAGACAUGAGAGCAUGCCAGAUGUAUUAAAAAUAACUCAAUUUUUACAAUUUGCUUUGAUUCAGUGUCGAAAGGAAUUCAAAAACAUAAAUCCUAUAAAUUUUCAUUCUGUUGUUGAAAAGUAUGUAAGUGCAUUUUUUAAGCGAGGUUUUGGUUCAGGUAAACGAGAGUUUAUUAUGUUUCCUUAUGAUUCACGAUUAGAUGAUAAAAAAUUCUUAUACCCAGCUCCAAAAAAUAAAUCCCAUAUCGAUGAUUGUUUGCAUACCUAUAUUUUUCGGCCUGAAAUGUAUCAGUUAUCUAUUUGUAAAUUAAAAGAGCUAUUUGAAGACAAUAGAAAACUUCAACAGUUCAGUCAACAUUCAGAUUAUGAAGGCCAAGAAGAAAUGAAUGGUACAAAAAAGAAAUUUGGAAAACGAAAUAACUCAAGGGAUGAGACUAUUAAACCUGGAAAGCAGAAAUCAUCUCACUCUUUGGAUUAUGAUAAGGAUAGAGUCAAAGAAUUGAUUAAUUUAAUUCAGUGUAGGAAAAAAAAUGUGGGAGGGGACUCAGACACAGAAGAUAUGAGAAGCAAAACUGUCUUAAAGAGGAAGCUUGAGGAUCUACCUGAAAAUAUGAGAAAGCUCGUCAAAACCAGUAAUUUAUCUGAAAAUUGCCAUCUGUAUGAAGAGUCUCCACAACCUGUUGUCUCACUUGGGCAUGAUGCCGACUUGAGACAGCAGCAGCAGGAUACCUCUAACUCUGGCGUUGCUGACAUCCAUAGGCUAUUUAAUUGGCUAUCAGAAACACUAGCAAACGCACGCCAUUCUGAUGCAUCCCUGACAGACACAGUUAACAAAGCCUUAGGAUUGAGCACCGAUGAUGCCUAUGAAGAGUUGAGGCAAAAGCAUGAAUAUGAGUUGAAUUCGAACCCAGAAAAGAAAGAAUAUGAGCAGCCUACUUGUGCAAAAAUUGAAAAUGCACAUUGUAAGGGUACUCAGAGCCCAUUGCUAGAAGCUGAUAAAUCAUCUUUAAAGUAUCCUCUUGCUGUUUCUACCAGAGAAGUAGGCACUGACCAUAAACUACAUUUGAAAGAAGAUCCAAAUUUAAUUAGCAUGAAUAAUUUUGAAGAUUGCAGUUUGUGUCCCACUGUUCCCAUUGAACAUGGAUUCCAUAGACCAUCUAAAUCAAAUAAUGUUGAAGAGACUGAAAUACAUUGGAAACUGAUUCCAAUUACAGGAGGGAAUGCAAGAAGCCCAGAAGACCAGCUGGGGAAACAUGGUGAGAAACAAACACCAGGUAUGAAAUCACCAGAAGAACAACUGGUGUAUCUGCCACCGCAGGAGGCCUUUCCUAACGACCCUCGGGUAAUAAGUAGACAGAGAAGUUCUGAUUACCAGUUUCCAUCCUCUCCAUUUACAGACACACUAAAGGGCACCACCGAGGAUGACGUGUUGACAGGUCAGGUGGUGACAGUGGAGGAGCAGUGUGUGCCAGCAGCAGAGCCGCCUGCAAUGAGCGAAACCACAGAGAGGACAGUGUUAAGAGAAUACAAUCUCUUUUCUAGGAAGAUAGAAGAGAUUUUGACGCAAAAGAAUGUUUCAUAUGUCAGUAGAAUUUCCACACCUAUCUUUUCAACACAAGAGAAGAUGAAACGGCUUUCUGGGUUCAUAUAUUCUAAGACUUCUAAAGCUGGCAUACAGGAGUUUGUAGAUGGCUUGCAUGAGAAACUAAAUACUAUUAUUAUCAAGGCAUCAGCCAGGGGUGGGAAUUUGCCACCAGUCAGUCCUAACAAUUCUAGUACUAAGAUGACAUUGAAUCCUGUGGGAAGACAUGUCAUACCUGUUUGUUCAAGUGACUUCAACAGUAAACACCUUGAACCACUUUAUAGUGAUACUUUGAAAGACACCAACUCUAAUGAGCAGCAUUCCUCUUCAACUUUGGGUUUAACUGAAAUAGAAGUGAACCAGCCACACCGUGCCACAGAGCUAAUGGUGACUUCUGAUCAUACUGUACCUGGUGAUAUUGCUCAGGAACCAGUAGAAAAGGAAACAACAAAAUCACCCAGUGAUGUAAACAUUUCUGCCCAGCCAGCUCUUUCAAAUUUUAUAAGCAAGUUAGAACCUGAAGUAUUUAACAGUUUGGUUAAAAUCAUGAAAGAUGUCCAGAAAAAUACUGUGAAAUUUUAUAUUCAUGAAGAAGAAGAGAGUGUGCUCUGUAAAGAAAUAAAGGAAUAUCUUAUCAAAUUAGGCAAUACAGAAUGUCAUCCAGAACAGUUUUUGGAAAGAAGAUCGAAAUUAGAUAAACUAUUAAUUAUUAUUCAAAAUGAAGACAUUGCAGGUUUCAUUCACAAGGUACCUGGCUUGGUGACUUUAAAGAAGCUCCCCUGCGUUAGUUUUGCUGGUGUUGAUAGUCUGGAUGAUGUUAAAAAUCAUACAUACAAUGAAUUAUUUGUAUCUGGAGGUUUUAUUGUAUCUGAUGAAUCCAUUCUAAAUCCAGAAGUUGUCACAAUUGAGAACCUUAAAAAUUUUUUGACAUUCCUCGAAGAACUUAGUACUCCAGAAGGAAAAUGGCAAUGGAAAGUCCACUGUAAAUUUCAGAAAAAACUAAAGGAACUGGGCAGAUUGAACGCUAAAGCUCUAAGUCUGUUGACACUUUUGAAUGUCUAUCAGAAGAAACAUCUGGUUGAAAUUUUGUCAUACCACAAUUGUGAUUCACAAACUCGAAAUGCUCCAGAAUUGGAUUGCCUUAUCAGACUUCAGGCUCAGAACAUACAGCAACGACACAUAGUCUUCUUAACAGAAAAGAAUAUCAAGAUGCUUUCCAGUUAUACAGAUAAUGGGAUAGUAGUUGCAACUGCUGAAGACUUUAUGCAGAACUUUAAAAAUCUUGUGGGCUAUCACAACUCAAUCACAGAAGAAAAUCUUCCACUGCUUGGUGCUAAUGAGAAUCUUGAGUCACAGUCAGAUGCUGUUUUGACAUUAACCCCUUUGGAGCUGGGAGUUGGGAUUUCCCAACAUUAAACGUGAACACAUUUCGCAGAAGCUUUUAGCAUCGGAUUAUCUGGACAUUCACACCUAGUGUGAGUGUUGUGACUAAGUGAACUUGUGGCAGAAGACCAAGCUUUAAGGGAUUGUGGACUUGCAGACCCUGACGCAUUAUAUUGUGUGAGUAGUGUAUAAUUUUAAAACUUAAACAAAUUGUGUAUUUCAAUAGAGGAGGACUUUUUGUUUUUUAAAUGUAGCUCUUUUAGAAAACGAUGAAAAGGAUGAAGAGGAUAUGUCUCUGGAUUCAGGGGAUGAAAUCUCACAAAUAGAAGUAUACAGCAAUUUUCAUUCAGAAAUAUUGGCGAAAGAGACCAAAGGAUCACGUGGAACAGAUCAAAAAAAGAAUAUUCAAAUUGAGUUGCAUUCGUCUCUUGACGUGCAAAAAAGUUUAUUAGAAGAUAAGACUUAUCAAAUUGAUUCUGAAGAGAGAGCUUCUAUUGAUGUAUGCUCUGAAGGACAGAACAGCAAUUCGGCUGAACAAGAUUCAUAUAGUAACUUUCAGGUUUACCACAGUCGAUUAAAUAUGUCCCAUCAGUUUAGUCAUUUUAAUGUUCUCACUCAUCAGACAUUUUUGGAGACACCAUAUGCCCUUUCAUCAAGUCAGUCUCAAGAAAGUGAAAAUUACUUUUUAUCUGCUUAUACUCAAAGCUUGGAUGGAGGUAAAUCUCCAUUAAGUUGGGGGAAAAGUGAUUCUUCCAGGCCAUAUUCAAAAGAGAAAUAAUUACAGUAACUUUUCUUUUUUAAGUAGGUUAGGAAUUUUUCUGUUUCUUAAAAGUGAAUUAACAAUUUAUAUUUCAUUCUCUAAACAAAAGGUUUCUCAUCUUUUCUUAAAUGUUUUUUCCCCUCUUAUUUAAAUCAUGAUGGCCUGUAACAGUUGAAACAUAUGAAAAUUGAUAAAUAAAUAUAUAUUUUUAACAUAUAUUGUACUUGAAUUCUCAUGUUGGCACUUUUAAGUUUUACAUUUGUAUGUCACCUGUACUUUGGCUUCAAAUUGAAGUCUUUUAUAUAUAAAACUAGAUGUUUGCAAAAGGA